AAUCAUCAUCAAUGAUUUGGCGUCAGAGGAUGAAAAUAACAAUUAUCAAAAGUAAAUUAACAAAUUACGUCACAAAUAAAUUGGUGCUCACGAGGACAAACAAAAAGAAAACGAUAUUUUCUCUACUUGACAGGUGAGCAACAGGGUCCCGUCUGUCUGCACGUCCGCCGGAUCGCUCAAUCCACAUGGGACAGAUGUGGGGUUUUUUUUUCCUCGCGGGGCGCGAGGCGCGAGGCGCAGCGGCUUUCUCCUGCUCUAGCGCGUGCAGAGGUCUUGUGAACUCCGCCGCGGGUAGCAAUUAGAGACCAGGUGUGGCUGUUUCACGACAUCGCGAAUUGGAGCCUGUUGAGAAUAUUUUUCUUCUUUUCGCUUGUCCAGUCUUUGCGCAACAUAUUCUGUCAGGUUAGUGAGAAGAACGUAGAUACCACUUCCGGUUACUAUGUUCAGAAUAAAGAGCCAGUUUCCUCCCUGAGAACAAAAUAAAUACUUUAAAACGUUUUUCGGUGGAGGAAAUAUUUAGACCCGUCGUGGACGAAUUUCAAAUGCCAUAAAGGAAGUGUGUAAUUUGGCGCAACUGGACCUGCAGCCCUGCAAGCAACCUCCCUCCCUCCCGCUCCGUCUCCAGGUCUCUCCCCAGCUGAAAGCCUGCACUCCUCGCCCAGGUGUGACAUUCUUGGAGUGCCUCAUUGAAACCGCAACCUGCCGAGAAGAUGACGGACUCCACACAGCCAGACCCCACCGCCGUCCCGUACCCGGCUGGAGUUGUGGACCCCACGGCGGUGAACGGGCAGUGCGAGCAGGCGGACUCCCAGCACCAGCAGCAGCAGCAGCACCAGCAGCAGCAGCAGCAGCCCAACCCCGAAAGUCAGGGAGAGGGUUUCAAGAUGGACCAGGAGAUGAAGAUAACAGACAGCAUAGACGACCGAGGUCUUCUGGAGAGCAGCAUGCGCCUGAAGCCUCACGAAGCCCAGAGUUACCGCAAGAAAGCUCUGUGGGUGUCCUGGGUGUCCAUACUGGUCACCAUCGUCCUCGCCAUCGCUGCUUUCACUGUUUCCAUCAUGCGUCACAGCGCUUCAGCUUUCGGAUUUGCUUUUGAUGCCACGCUGGAUGUGCUGUCCUCUGUCAUUGUACUGUGGCGGUACAGCAACGCCGCGGCCGUUCACUCCGCACACCGUGAAUACAUAGCCUGCAUUAUCCUGGGUGUGAUUUUCAUCCUGUCCUCCUUGUGCAUUCUGGGUAAGGCCAUCCACGACCUGGCCACCAAGCUGCUACCUGAAGUGGACGACUUCCUCUUCAGCGUGUCCAUCGUCAGCGGCUUGGUGUGUAUCAUCCUGGCUGUGAUCAAGUUCAUGCUUGGGAAGGUGCUCACAAGCCGAGCCCUGAUCACUGAUGGAUUUAACUCUCUGGUGGGGGGGGUCAUGGGGUUCUCCAUCCUCAUCAGUGCCGAAGUGUUCAAGCAUGAACCCAAGGUGUGGUACCUGGACGGGACAAUAGGUGUCCUCAUAGGCCUCAUCAUCCUCGCCUAUGGAGUCAAGCUGCUGCUGGACAUGGUCCCACGGGUCCGACAGACCAGGAACUAUGAGCGUUUUGAGUGACGGACCGCAGAGGACAAGAGGAGGAGGAGGAGGAGGAGGGAUGGAUG